AAAAGAACAUUUCACAUCAAUCAAAAUAAAUCAAUAAAAUAAAAAGAAAAGGAAAAGCCUUUUAGAGAGAGAGAGAAUGAAAGGAGGGAAAAAGAAAAACUCCGGCAUUCCGGCAGCUACAGACUCCCUAAAACCCCCGUCGGAACCCAGCAACGGUAACCGUGAGUUGCCGUCGGACGGUAUGUCGGAACCUCAAGGAGAAGAAGCUCAGCAGCAUCAGCAAGAGAGAGAUGAAGUUCCAGAAGAUGCCGCCGGCGACGGCGAGGAGGAGCUGGUGGCUUCGCCGGAGACCGGAGAAGAAGAAGAAGAGAAUGAAGAAAAAACUUAUGAAGAGGAGUUUGAAAUGGAAGGAGAUGGGUAUGAUGGUGAAGCUGAUAAUGAAAAACCAAAACUUGCUGAAGGGUUUUAUGAAAUUGAAGCUGUUAGGAGAAAAAGAAUACGAAAGGGUCAAGUUCAAUAUUUGAUUAAAUGGCGAGGCUGGCCAGAGACGGCAAAUACAUGGGAACCUGUGAAGAAUCUGAUGUCCUGUUCUGAUGUUAUUGAAUCAUUUGAAGAGAGCUUGCAGUCAGGGAAACAACGAUCCACACGCAAGCGUAAGCGAAAAUCUGGGGUGAUGCACACUCAGCCCAAGAAAAAGCAGCAGCAGCAGCAGCAGCAGCGUUCCCCUGCAGAUGCUACAUAUAAUGUGCCAGCAGUGAAGGUUAGGAUAAUUGAGAAUCCUACACCCUCACCUCCUCUGAAUGGUUUGAAGGCUACAAGUCAUAUGGACAGUAAUGGUAGUGAAUUGAACAGCAAAGAGGACAAAGUGAUGAAUGACAAUGGUUUGGAGUUGGGCUUCUCUCUAGAGGAAACAAGAGAGCAAAAUGAGUUGAAUUUGAAGUUGAGUGAAUUAAAAGGAGCAAUGUCAACCAAUGAAAACUCUGUGGAUAGAUCUGCUAAUGGUCUCUCAAAUGGAUUUGCAAAGGUCAAUGGUGCAGAGUCUCUUCAAUCUGAUCGCUGCACUGGAGCUAAAAAGAGGAAAUCUGGUUCUGUUCGGAGGUUUAAACAGUCUACCGCAGUUGUGAUGGAUAGUAUCCAAGAUGCUGCAGUAGGUGGUCCGUUGGCUACAUCUGUGCAGGAAGGAAGUCACAAUCUUGAAGUUGUGGGUAGUGGCUUUGUUCUUAAAAACAAGUCUGAUGAUUCCAAAGAUGCAUAUACAAUUACACAUAUAGUCAAGCCUAUGAGCUAUUCAACAUCUUUAUCCAAUGAUAUGCAGGACGUCUCAAUAACCUUUCUUGCCAAGAGGUCUGACGGUAAGGAAGUGAUGGUGGAUAACAAGUUUCUGAAGAUGAAUAAUCCACUUCUGUUGAUAAACUACUAUGAGCAGCAUUUGCGAUAUCAUCCCCCGCAAUGAGUUGGCUGCAGCGAAGGAAAGAUAGUUAUAGGUCAAUUAGCUUCAUCUGUUCCCCUGUGUUAUGUAUAAAAUGUUGUUGUAACAAGCUGUAGGGUAUUAACCUAUUACAUUUAUUAGGAAGGUUCAUAUAUAGCAUGCCAAAAUAUAUAUUAUGGGAAGCUUGUGUUAGGUUUAACUGAUUUCGCAAAAGAAAAUGCUUCAAAAUUCUAUCUCGAUGUAUCAACCCGAUACAUGAGAUGAUGAGGUGCAAAUGAUGAUAUUCUUCUGACCUUAUAGGUGUUUAAAACCAAUGUGAGUUCCAUUUGAUAGCUAUACAUUUAGAUUCUGGAGUGCAUGUUGCACAAUUGUUUCUCA